GGCGUGUCCAGCCUGAGGUGAGCCAGCCGGGCGGACGGACGGACGGGCGGGCGAGCCGAGCGCGGCUGCGGGGAUGAUGUCGGUGCGGGUGGCGGCCCCGCCGGCCGUGGAGCUGAAGGAGCUGGCCGGGCCUCUGGACAAGGCCCCCGCCGCCUCCGCCCCCGGGCCCUGCUCGCCCGGCCCGGCCUUGGCGAGCGAGAAAGCGGCGCCGGCGCCCCCCGGCUCGGCUGCAACCAAAGCCCCCCAGGCCUCGGCCAUGAAGCGCUGCGAGCCGCCGCUCCGGCUGGCCGGCCACGGGGGCGACGGGGCGGGAGGGCCGCUGGGCGAGGCGCUGGUCAGCCCCGACGGGACCGUCACGGAGGCCCCGCGCACCGUCAAGAAGAUCCAGUUUGCUGACCAAAAGCAAGAAUUCAACAAGCGUCCCACGAAGAUCGGCCGCCGUUCGCUAUCCCGCUCCAUCUCUCAGUCAUCGACCGAUAGCUACAGCUCUGGUAGGUGCUUCUAA